GGAGGAGGGCGGUGUGUGAGUGGAGACGUAAGGAGGAGAAAAAAAAAACUAGUCAACCUGACAAAAGCGCCCGAGAACCGAGAGGAACUGUCGGCGGAGGAGCGAGAGAGACGCGGAGUGACACACGGAUGGAUUUUACCGCACUUUGCAUCUACUGAACUCCACUUCUCCAAACUUUGUCUUCGGUUGUCAAGUGCGCCGUUUUGGGGGAAAGUUGGUGACGCGGAGGAAAGUUUCAGCGCUGCGCCUUUUUUCGGGGAUAAGCGAGCAAAAGUCCGGAUUUCUCUGCAUGACACCGGACUACACAUCCACAGCCAGUUUGGAAUAUCUCUUGCCAGUUGAGCGCAGUUGGAAUAGUCAAGUGGACUGGCAGAUUUUUGCUGCACUGAGGAGCUGGAGACAUUCCUCCGUAGAUUCGGCCCAUGCGCUUUACUCCCUUAUCUGUGCUUGCCAAAACAGCUCCUCUCUCCCUGCCCAGGUGAUUGGGUGAAUUCCCUCGAGUGACAGGCCGAACCGGCAGCAGUUGAUGGUUGGGCAGACUCCCUCAGAUGGGAUCACUGUCCAGGGGGAGGUGGAGAAGGGGGGCAUGGGGAGCGCUGGCCACCACUAACGGGAUGGCCUCGUGGGUCUGGCUGCUGGCCGCCGUCCUGCUGUCACUGCUGACCGUCAGCGUGGCCCGGCCGCCGCAUCCCGCCACCAAGAAGGAGGAGGCCACCCUCGAACCUGAAGACGCAUCCAACAAAUACCAAAUAUCUAAGCCCACGUUGUGCUCAGUGCACCCGGGGGAGGUGCUGAAGCUGAGCUGCCCUCUGCCGGCGACGGGGACCAUCACCUGGACCAAAGACGGCAGCUCUCUGGGCACCAACAACCGCACCCUGAUAAAACAGGAAGUGCUGCAGAUCCGUGAUGCCACGCCCAAGGACUCGGGCCUGUACGCCUGCACCAGUGUGGGCAAAGACACGGUGUGCUUCAUAGUGAACGUCACAGAUGCCAUCUCGUCGGGGGAUGACGAAGACGAUACAGAGAGAUCGGAGGACUCUGGGGCAGAUGGAGAGCAGAUAAGAGCCCCAUACUGGACCUUGUUAGCCAAGAUGGAGAAGCGUCUCCACGCAGUACCAGCUGCCAACACAGUCAAGUUCCGCUGUCCUGCAGGAGGCAACCCUCGGCCCAAGCUGCGCUGGCUGAAGAACAGCAGGCCUUUCCGGCAAGAAGACCGCAUGGGAGGCUACAAGGUGCGCAGCCAGCACUGGACGCUCAUCAUGGAGAGCGUGGUGCCGUCGGACAAAGGCAACUACACCUGCCUCGUGGAGAACGAGUACGGCUCCAUCAACCACACCUACACCCUGGACGUCGUAGAGCGAUCCCCACAUCGGCCCAUUCUGCAGGCCGGUCUGCCGGCCAACACCACCGUCUAUGUCGGCGAGGACGCCCGCUUCGUCUGCAAAGUCUACAGCGACGCCCAACCUCACAUCCAGUGGCUGAAGCACAUCACUCAAAACGGGAGCCGCUAUGGCCCCGAUGGUCACCCGUACGUCCGGGUUCUGAAGACCGCCGGUGUUAACACCACAGAUAAGGAGAUAGAAGUUCUCUACUUGCCCAAUGUAACAUUUGAAGAUGCUGGGGAGUAUACGUGCUUGGCGGGUAAUUCUAUUGGGAUCUCCUAUCACACUGCUUGGUUGACGGUGCUUCCAGCGUCGGAGAAAAACGUUCAGCCACUUCCUCCAGAUUACGUAGAAAUCGCCAUCUACUGUGCGGGCGUCUUCCUGAUCGCCUGCAUGGUGGGAAUCGUGGUGGUCUGCCGCAUGAGGAACACGGCCAAGAAGCCCGAUUUCGGAGGCCAACCUGCUGUCCACAAACUGAGCAAACAGAUCCCCCUGCGCCGCCAGGUAACAGUGUCGGCGGACUCGAGCUCCUCCAUGAAUUCUAGCACGCCGCUCGUCCGCAUCACCACGCGGCGGAGUUCUGCGCACGACGAUCCGAUUCCGGAAUACGAUCUUCCCGAGGAUCCUCGCUGGGAGUUUUCCAGAGACAGGUUGACCCUGGGCAAGCCCCUCGGCGAAGGCUGCUUCGGCCAGGUUGUCAUGGCGGAAGCCCUCGGCAUCGACAAGGACAAACCCAAGGAGGCUGUGACCGUUGCUGUCAAGAUGUUAAAAGACGACGCCACCGAGAAGGAUCUGUCUGACCUGGUGUCAGAGAUGGAGAUGAUGAAGAUGAUCGGUAAACAUAAGAACAUCAUCAAUCUCUUGGGGGCCUGCACACAAGAUGGUCCUCUGUAUGUGAUCGUGGAGUACGCCUCUAAAGGAAACCUCCGGGAGUACCUCAGAGCCCGCCGGCCGCCCGGCAUGGAGUACUCCUACGACAUCGCCCGUGUCUCUGAUGAACAGCUGACUUUCAAAGACUUGGUCUCAUGCACUUACCAGGUGGCACGGGGGAUGGAGUACCUGGCGUCGCAGAAGUGCAUACACAGAGACCUGGCCGCGAGGAACGUCCUGGUCACAGAAAGCAACUUCAUGAAGAUAGCUGACUUCGGCUUGGCCCGCGACGUCCACAACAUUGACUACUACAAAAAGACGACCAAUGGUCGUCUCCCGGUGAAAUGGAUGGCUCCGGAGGCGCUUUUCGACCGGGUCUACACGCACCAGAGUGAUGUCUGGUCGUUUGGGGUGCUGAUGUGGGAGAUCUUCACCCUCGGGGGCUCCCCUUACCCCGGCAUUCCAGUUGAGGAGCUCUUCAAAUUGCUGAAAGAGGGCCAUCGCAUGGACAAACCUGGCAACUGCACCAAUGAACUGUACAUGAUGAUGAAGGACUGCUGGCACGCCAUCUCAUCUCAGAGGCCAACGUUCAAGCAGCUGGUGGAGGAUCUGGAUCGCAUUCUCACGCUCAGCACCAACGAGGAGUAUCUGGACCUGUGCGCUCCGGCCGAGCAGUAUUCCCCGAGCUUCCCGGACACGCGGAGCUCCUGCUCCUCCGGCGACGACUCCGUGUUUUCCCACGACCCGCUGCCAGACGAGCCCUGUCUCCCUAAAUAUCAGCACAUCAAUGGAAACGUCAAAACAUGAGCCCCCUCUUCUUUUGCUGACCCGAACUUAACCCCUCCCCGAACACCAGCCCUCCCUCUGGCUCCUCGCGGACUCGCGGACGGCGCUGAUGUCGUCACUCAGACUGCCCUACAUUAGGUCUUAAGGAAAUAUUUGGGACGGUAAGAAACUGCCUGAAGAAAACGGACGCCCUCAGGAGACCCCCGCGACCUCUCAUGUUUAUGCCACAGAGACAGGCAUCUUUUUUGGAGAUCACGUUCCAUUCAUUGGCAUUCCGAGACUGCUCUGUACUCCAGGAGGAAUGCACGGACCGAAAUGAACUUUUUUAAUAAAACAAGGAUGAAAAAUAGGAACAAGGACUAACAGAGGAAUAGAAGGAGGGCGCCUAGACUCUCCUCUUUAUUUUGUAAUAUUUCUCUUGUCUUGUUAGACCUUACCUUUCUCAAAUAUUCUGGAGGUCAAGUCGAUGUAUAGUGCUGGUAUAUUUGUAAAUAUAUUCAAAUAUGUAUAAAUAUAUAUUAUAUAUUUA